AUGCCACCGCGAAAGCGCCCGGCGCCGCCGCCGGAGGAGCCCUCCCCUUCCUCGAAGCCUCAACCUGACGCACAGCCGUCCGAACCCUCCAAACCCUCCCCCGAUUCCGAGCAGCCGACCAUCUCGGCGACGAUCCUCGCCCAACUGCCCUCCCAGGAGCGCCUGGCAUACAAGCUCAUCUUCGAGGCGGGCAACAAGGGCAUGUGGAUGCUGGACAUCCGCAAGAAGUUGUUGAUGGGCCCCAACAUCGCCACCAAGGUCGUGCGCACCCUCGUUACGCAGGGGCUCAUCAAGGAGGUCAGCGAUGUGCGCCACCGCAGCAGGAAGAUCUUCAUGGCCACCGACUUCCAGCCCUCCGUCGAGAUCACCGGCGGCACCUGGUACCACAACGGCCGCCUGGACACUGACGCCGUAACCACUGCGCGCCGCUGCUGCCAAGCGCAGGUCGAGAGGCUCGGCGCCGCAACCGCGCAGAUGAUCCACCACGGCGCAUUCUGA